AUGCGCGUCACGUGUGGUAGCCAUGCUUGCCACGGCUGCAGGGUGCCCGGGGCGGGGUGUAUGAAAAUCCCCCGCGGUUCCAAGACACCCAGUAAUCUUCCUCAGUCAAAAGUGACUCCUAAAGCAAGGCGGACGCGCCUCUUCUCUCCUCCUCUGACGGAUGUCAGCCCUCUGUCCCAAACGCUGGUGGGACUAUCUUCAGAGCACGACACAUGUCCAAGCCCCCCUCCAAGCCAGGACGGGGAGAGAAAAUCAAUCAGUCCAGACCGCCUCCAUCAGCCCCCAGGAGCUGUCAGAACCUCCAAAAGGCACCGAAUAAAAGAGCAGAGCUGUCCGUCAGAGCCGUCACGGCAUGAUGAGAGAUCAGAAGGGAAGAAGACGAGGAGGAGGAGGAGGAGGAGGAGGAGGAGGAGGAGGAGGAGGGAGGAGGAGGAGGAAAAGGCGGAGGAAGAGGAGGAGGAAGAGGAGGAGAAGGAAAAAGGAGGAGGAAGCGGUGGAGGGGAGGAAAGAGGAGGAGGAGGAGGAGGAGAAUAG